GUAUUUUCUCCAGCAAGUGAAAGCAUCAUUGGUUACAUCAUCACCAAGCGUCAGCUGUGUACGUACAAUUACCGCAUCUACGGUGCUCAAACCGCUAAAAACUCAAAUCUGAACCACCUCGUUCACAGACUUUGAUAAAGCGUGUUACUGUUACUCUUAUUGUUUGCUAGGCUAACUGGUUUGUUUGUAAGGGUAGCAGCGGAUUUUGAAUGGCUGUCUGCUGCUAGCUUGACGCUAACUGUCAGAGGAGAAGAUCAGAGCAGUUUUUGUACGGAAUCCUGCUCAGAGGAUGGACAGUGAAAUCCAACGAGAUGGCAGAGUCCUGGACCUCACCGACGAUGCCUGGAGGGAAGACAGACUGCCCUAUGAAGAUGUCACCAUCCCGCUGAGUGAACUGCCUGAGGCUGAGCAGGACAACGGGGGCUCCACAGAGUCUGUGAAAGAACAAGAGAUGAAGUGGACAGACCUCGCACUGCAGAGCCUGCACGAAAACACACCGAGCACUGGAAGCUGAAAGGCUAAUCUGGAAUCAGACUGUAGGACAAAAACACACAUGCAUUCGGACACUGAAUCCAGACACAUGUAAUUCAUUGGCUUUAGCAAUUUUGUUGUGCGCAGUAUGUUCCAGCUAAGCAGAAAUGAUGCAAACAUGCCUUUUUCAUUGGUAUAAGGUUUAUAUUGCAGUCUUUAUGGAUAUAAAUGUAAAAUAAAAACUGGGGUAAAAAGUAUAUCUUCUUCUAAAAGGUCACAACCAGUUGUCCUGUCUGCCUUCUGUUGCAUGACACAUUUUUCUUACAACUGCUUUAAUCUUGACAGCAUGACUUGCAUGUGUUAACAACUCAUCUUAAAGUUAUGUUGUUGGGUUUUUUUUAAAUUUGUGUUGUAUCCAAAAAGUCCGGAGGAUGGGCCCUCACAAAGACACUGUCUGUACUAGGCUCUGUCUAAAAGUAUUCUUUGCUUACUAAAAAAUCUACGACUCCACUUCCCAUCACUCCUAUCAUGAAGCUUAGACACUUUGGCCUCAUUUUAUGAAGUUGUAAUCGUAAAUCAGAGCAUUCUGUUGGUAGUUGGAUGAAUAAAGUCCUGGAUGUUAGUAUGAGGAAAUAUGAUUUCCACCUGUCACACCAAUGUCCUUGAAAAGUUUAACUAUUUUCUCUCAGUUUUCUCAGACCCACACAUUGUCCUAUAAUCCUCAUAGAUUGCUUAAAACCUUUCGAACUCAAGCCAUGAAGAAAUGGCACCUUAUGUGUCAGUUCUAGUUUUUGUCAAGUUCCAUACAAGAUCUUGUUUAAGACCCUAAUGCACACACGGAACAUAUAUUUUGACCAAAAGGGAUAGUCAAAGCUGCUGAAAUAAACUGUGAGGGACUAUGGCUUAAUUUGGGAGCAUAACCAAUGAAGUUUUAAGAGUAACUACACUGUAAAAUGAAUGCAGUCAAACCAACAACCCUGCAACAAAUCCUAUUUUCAUGAAGAUUAAAAUGAUCACUUUUGUCUUAACUGUUUGUUUAUAUUGAGGCAUUGAUUCAAAUUUAUGAUCAUUUUGGAGGCUGCAUUUUGUGGUGCUGUUGUGUUACAUUAAGGUGUUAUUAAACAAUUGUUAAACCUUA